AUGAAUUCUCAAAUGACGGCUUCAAACAGUAACAAAAAUUCAGAAAUCACUAAAUCAAAGAAAUCAAGAGCUAAACCUGUUUCAAAGUCAAUCAAAGCUGAUUUAGUAUUUCCGGUCGGCAGAAUCCACCGCCACUUAAAACGAGGCCGAUACGCAUCACAAAUCCGAACAACGGCUGCAGUAUAUCUAGCAGCAGUAUUAGAAUAUCUUUGUGCUGAAGUAUUAGAAUUAGCUGGAAACGCAGCAAGAGACAAUAAACGAAUACGUAUUAUUCCGAGGCAUUUGCAAUUGGCAAUUAGAAAUGACGAAGAAUUGAACAAGUUGUUGAAAAGUGUUAUUAUUGCCCAGGGUGGUGUGAUCCCACAUAUUCAUAAAGAAUUAUUGCCGAAAAAUAGAGAGGAUUUUCAAGAUAAUGUAGACGAGAAUGAAAAUGCGCAAUGA